UGACCACGGACCAGGACCAGGGCAUGACCACGGACCAGGACCGGGACACGACCACGGGCCGGGGCAUGAUCAUGGACCACGGGGGCACGAUCAUGGGACUGAUCACGGUCAUGCAACCGAUGCCAAUGAGAUGGCUUCCCUUGAGCCAGGAAGGUGCACUAAGAUUGUCAGUGCUACCAUCACAGUGAUGCAAUCGUACCAGACUCAGAAAAGAAUAUCAACCAAGACAAGAUGUGGAUGGCUUCAUCUAGCAUACUGCAGAAAAUACAGGAUGACUCCUCACGUGGCGUACAGGCAGGCGACAAAAAUUGUUUACGUCAAUGCUCGUAAAUGUUGUGUCGGCUUCAUGGAGGUGAACGGUGUUUGUGAACCCCAAGGAGGACGGACGUUACCCCCACCGACCACCACUAUCACCGCCCCACCAGCCCUCACCACACCCAGAGACGACAGGAUGCCCGACGACGAGAUGAAGAUGAUUGAUAAUUCCCUGCAGAAGUUCGUCUUCUUCAUCAUCGUCCUCGUCGCUAUCCUUAUCAUUGGUAUCAUCAUCGGAGCCGUGAUCGUGCACCUGUGCGGAGGACGAAAGGAGGUCAUGAGGAGAAUAUCAACUAGGAGAUUCACCAGAAAGACGAAGAAGGAGACAACCAAAGAUGGAAACGGUAAAACAAGCACCGAGACAUCAAAGAAUGACCUACCGCCUCGCUACGAGAGCUGUAACAAACCAACCACAUCAGAUUCUAAGGUCGGAGUAGCCUACCAUCCCAAUGGUCAUGACCACGCCCAUGGCCACGCCCACGUUCACACCCAUGGCCACAACCAUGGCCAUGUCAAAGACCACGCCCAUGGUCACAACCAUGGUCAUACCCACGACCACGUCUAUGGCCACGCCCAUAAUGCAUCCCAACCCACCGCACCACCAUACGGUCUGGAGUAUGCUAACGUCGAUUCGGACAUCGGCCAAGCAAAGAGCUGUGAAAGCCAAGCCGGGUACGUGGAGGUGUAUGAGUCUGAUCCUCUACCUACCAAGACUGGGCAUCACUGAGGACUUUUACCUGUGUAGGUAGAGACUUAUUAGAAGGCAUUUCCUUUUACAUUGUCAACGACCAUUGUAGGAUUCAGCGACUUAGCAUAGAGAUCGAAGUAACUACGUCUAGCAGAUGGACGAACAGUCACCGUCAUGUCUACUCGCAUUAAAUCAUAUGAACAUGUAUAAAUUUCAUUCUAACUAAGAAUGUAAUAUUGAUGUAAAGGCUUUAAUUAAAUGUACUUUUCUAUUGGACUUAUAUGCUGUAUUAUCUCUGAUGAUUCUGAAUAAAAUAUAAGAUUAUAUUUCAAAUCUUUUUUAACCGUUAACUCAUUGCUGCAUCGUCCCUUUCUUGUAUUAGAAUAUGACGACAUACAUUGAAACUGAUAUUUGCUUUUAUAAAUAAAUUGAU